AUGCAUGUUUCACAGGCACAGCAGGAGUCCCUCGAGUCCCAGCGGUCGACACUAGAAGCAGAGAAGGCACGGCUGGAGUCCCUAGUCUGCGAGCUCCGCGCGCAGGUGACUGCGCAGGAAGAGCAAAUCAACGCGGCAGAGCAGGAGCGUCGCCAAUUGCACAACACCCUGCAGGAGCUCAAGGGCAACAUACGGGUGUUCUGCCGUCUGCGUCCACUGCUGCCAUCAGAGGCUGCUCCACAGAGGCCGUUUUUGUUGCUUCCAGACGAGCGGACAAUCGAGGUGGUGCGAACAGACCCAGAGACGCAGCGACAGAAGACGGAGCUGAGCUUCCACUUUGACCGUGUGUUCCCGGGGGUGGCCAGCCAGAGCGAAGUGUUUGCGGAGGUGUCGCAGCUGGUGCAGAGUGCCCUGGAUGGUUACCACGUGUGCAUCUUUGCCUAUGGCCAGACGGGUGCCGGCAAGACCCACACCAUGGAGGGACCCGCCGGGGAGCUGGCACUGGAGGACGAGCGGAGGGGCCUGAUUCCCCGGGCCUUGCACCAGGUCUUUGAAGAGGCAUGCAAGCAGCCACACUGGACGUACGAUAUGGUGGCCAGCUUCAUCGAAGUCUACAACGAAACCCUGCGGGAUCUGCUGGUGCCAUCCUUCUCGGGCACCCACGUCCACUCCACUGCAGCUCAAGCUGGCACGCAAGGAUGGCCCCAGUCCGAGUGGCAAACCUCACGGAGGUCAACGUCACAUCAGCUCAGCAGGUUUGCACUACCAUCUGUUUGCAUUGCCUGCAGCAUACAUUGA